GACGACUGUCGAAAAAGAAAGGUAGCUAGGAAAAAAAAAAAAAAGGAUAGGUUACAUGGACUAACAGUAAAUAGGUCAAGUGUGACGGCAAACAGCCUUGUGCACGUUGUGUGAAGGCAAAGAUAGAAUGCAUAUUUGUAAAAAUGCCCAAGAGAGGUCCACCCAAAUCGUAUACAGAAAGUGUAGAAAAUAGACUUCAAAGAGUAGAAAAGGCCCUGAAAUCCAUUGCUACACCCGUGGUCAACAGGGUCUUUGAUGAUUCCUUGAAAAGCAAAGAUCCCUGUAACCAAAUCGCUUCUACCGAAGGUAACACUCCCUGAAAGCUUAUUUUUCUCGCUCACACACAUACUUUCAACAGCCUGUACAGUUUCUAUAUCAGCACCUUAUACCACGGAUUACUUGAGCUCUCAGGUAGAUAGAUUCACUAUAAAUGAGAUCGGACAGGCGGUUUAUGUCAAUGAUCUCAGGUCACGAGUAGAUAGAGUAUCAAACAUGUAUGUACAGCAACCUAGUGGUUAUUAUGAUACCCAAAUAGAUGCCUCAUCCGUCUGCGAUUCCCCACUCUCCUCUGCCGCAGCCUCGUUCACAUCCAACAUGUCUCCUUUGGAAAUGCCCAUAAAGGACCAGUCAGCCCUUGGCAAGCAAAAUCUGUCUGAUAUCGAACCUUUGAUCGAGAUUUAUUUUGAACAUGUACAUAAACAUAUUCCUAUUGUUCAUAAGCAGAUCUUGUUGAAGCAAAUGCACAAUUCCACCAGCACAGGUCCCUCGCGCUUACUACUCUAUGCUAUGUGUGCAGUAGCUUCAAAAUGGUCUCCAGAUCAAACAAACCAGAAUCAUUUGAUACCCCCUGGAUAUACUUAUUAUCAAAAAGCACUUGGUCUACUGGAUGAUUUUCUCGAUAUACCAAGAGUGUCUACCGUACAAGCAUUGAUCUUGAUUAUAAAAUACCAAGAUUAUUUUCAACGAGUCGGAUACUUUCACAGAUCCCAUGCCUUUCUUGGACUAGCAGCUCAAAUGUGUCUUGAUUUAGGACUUUCCGAAGUAGAAGGAGAUGGUGUGGAUGCGGAGAUCAGCAAAAGGACAUUCUGGGCGGUAUUCAUGUAUGAUCUCUUUAUGAGCAUCGAACAAGGACGUGCUACCUACUUUGACGCUUCCAAAUGCACAACUGGGUACCCGGCACUAAUGUCAGACGAGAGCUCAACAUUUGAAGAUGCUAUAUUAAACCAGAAUGUAUUCAUUCAACUAUCCAAAAUCCUCUCAGUGACUUAUUCCGUUGUAAGACGUCUUACAGUUCGAAGGCAAGCGCAGAACAAUCAGGUCACGAAGGAGCAGCUGGUUGAGGAGCAAUCCUGGCUGUUCUCGAUUCAUACUCACCUUGAAAACUUUUACUACGAAAUAUCCCAGGAUGCUCAUACCUCUUUGGGAGAGAACCAAACGAUCCAAGACCCCUCUACUGGACUUUUACAUCUUACCUAUCAUUUUUGUAUCAUUCUUUUGCAUCAAAGCUAUAUUGACAAGCAAUUAGAUAGAUCCGAAUAUGAUUUCCUACCUUAUCCUCAUCGGAAACUAUGUGCAAAUGCUGCAUCUGACAUAACAAGCAUUGCAGAAGCCUUAUGGCAACGCUUUUCCAUUGGUACAUUUACUGCUCUCCCUCGUGGUAUUCAGCACAUGAUACAUUGUUUGUCUGCGGCAGCAACAAUACAUCGAUAUGAAAUAAUGCAUGAAGAAAACCGAAGCUCAAAAGAUACAGCUAAUAGGCAAUAUGUAGCAACUAUUCAUUUGAUGAAGAUACUCUCCAAACAGUCACCUUCUCUUGAAACUGUAAAAUGCUUUGAGAAUCCUGUUGGAUCGGUCCAGUCCGUUAAGAAACGUGCUUCAUUUGCAUCCCUUCACAAUAGAUCUGUCUCACCCGUAGCUCAUGCAAAGAGUCGCCCAUUAUCAAUGACAUUUGUAGAAAGUCAAUCUCAUUUACCUUACAUGGCCUAUCCUAUGCAACCUAUGCCAUCAAACGAUAGUAGAUUCUCAUACCCAUUACAAUCCUUUCCUACCUCUGGCCCCAGCUAUCUAUAUUAUUCCAAAUUAUCACCUUAUCAGCUAGAGGGACAAGAUAAUAACGAUGAGCAUCUAAUAUCACCUACCUAUGCCGACCAAUUUUCCUAUAAUCCUAUCCCUAAUAUGAGCGAACUAUUCCUAAUGGAUGAUGAAAAUCAAAUGACUCAAGAUAUGAUGAUAGAAAUGUAAAAGUAUAAAUAUGUGUGUGUGUAUAAUAAAUCCCAAAUCGUAAAAAACAGCCAUGGUUGCUUAUACAUAAAGCGUUGGUGCAUCCUUUUCUUUAUUUCCUCUUUCACUAUUAUUAAUGCAGUUGUAAAGCUGAUUUGAUCUAUAAUCCUUCAUACGCUGUUCAGAGACGAUCAGAAAGGAAUGAAAAUCUGGAUCAUGGGAUUAUAAGAUAUUUUCAGCUGCUCGUACGUAUUUGCCGCCAUGCAUAUGAAAUACUGAGCAACGAUGGGAGCUCCAGCAUUAAAAUUGAAGAUAGAUCUAAUAACGACGGCUCUACCGAAAGUGGCUCAUCCUACAUUACCAUCAAUCCUUCAAUGAGAAUGAGGCUACUUGAAGAAGGCGAUAGACGCACACAACUUGGCAACAGUGAAGUUGCCGCAGUUAUUGUGGUACGGUGUGGAAAGG